AUGUAAGGUUAACCCAUCCCAUUCAUUGAGUUAAAGGAAACUUAAACUUAAGAAGGAAUGGAGACUAUUUUCGAGAUUCAUCCUUAGGCAAUUAAGAUGUUGUAAUCAAUUGCUGACAGAAAAGUAGCUGUUCUUACAAUUGCAGGUCCAUAGAGAACUGGAAAGUCCUUUUUAGCCAACAGGGUGUUAAAGAGAUAAAAAGGAUUCGCUGUUGGUCCAACAACCAUGCCAUGCACAAAAGGCAUUUGGUUAUGGAGCUAGCCCAUACCUUUGAAUGAAAAUACUUCGAUAUUAUUGAUGGAUACCGAAGGAUUAAACUCAGUCCAAAGAGACUUGGGAGUCGAUACUAAAAUAUUCUCAAUAUCUUUGUUGCUGUCUUCGAUGUUUGUAUUUAAUCAAUUGGGUCAUAUCGAUGAGCAGUCAAUAGAGAAUCUCUCUCUUGUUAUCAAAUUAAGUGAGAACGUCAGUGUAGGAUCAGAGGAUAAAAGCUUGAGUCAGUUUUUUCCAACAUUCCUUUGGGUAUUAAGAGAUUUCUCCCUGGAUUUGAGAGGACGUACUCCAAGUGAAUAUUUGGAAUUUGCACUUCAAGAUCAAUCCAAUCCAGGUCCUGAUGGAGAGAGGAAGAAUCUUAUUAGGAGAAAGAUUAGAGAGUAUUUUAAAUUUAGAGAUUGUAUCUGUAUGGUGAGACCAAUUUAGGAUGAAAGAAGACUAGCUAGAGUGGAAGAAGAGGAUUGGAAUGCCUUAAGACCAGAAUUCAUUUCAGCUGUUUAAGAGUUCGAGAGGAGAGUGUUCAAGGGCAUCCCUCCAAAAUAAAUUAAUGGCACCACUCUAACUGCUGAAAUGUUCUUGAAACUCUCCCUUGAAUAUGUUGAUGCCAUCAAUUCUGGUGGAAUUCCUUAGAUUCUAACUAGUUUAGAUAGAGUCAUUUAAUAGGAGGCAAGAAAUCUCUUGGAAGAACUGAAAAGUCUAUAUUCAAAAAGGUAUUCAGAUGCGUUGUCUAAGAUGAAGCCUCCAUUUGAUGAUGAGGAACUGAAAUCUUUGAAGAAACAAAUUGAAGCUGAAAUAUUCUAACGAUUAGAUUAAAAAUCAAAAGAAAUAAUUGACAACUCCAAAAUUCUGAGUAUGAAAGCAGAAUUAAAUGAAAUGAUGGAACAAGAUUUAUAAACCAGAUUAGAGAUCAAUAAAGAAUAAUCUACUACAUUGGCUAAUUAAAUUUUAUAGAAAUUUUUUAAUACUUAUCAAGUUCCAGUUUUAGACAAUGUUGAUAGCAUCAAACCUUCGCUCUUAGUAGAGCAAUUUCAAACUUACAGCCGUUUUUUUAAAUAUUAUAUGGAAAUUGUUAAGGGCUAUUCCAAAUACAAGCAUUUUUCUGAAAAAGUGCCUUCAUUUUUGUUUAGUUACUUUGAAAAACUUAUAUUAGGUGUAUAAAAAGUCUACAUUGAAGAAAACAACUCAACUAAAAAAUAUCUAGUAUAAGCAAGGGAAGGCGAAGAAAGAUUGAGGAAAACUAUUGCGAAUUAAGAAAGCCUAUUAUAUGAAAUCUAAAAGGAAAGGGAUUAGUUAAAGUAUGAAAUAGAAAACUGGACUAGAGAGACGAAUAAAUAAGAAAAAAUUAAAAGUCUCGAACUGGAGGCUUGUUAAGCCAAAGUUGUACAAUUAACUUCAGAGGUGCAAAACAAAAAAGAAAAGAAUUAAAAACUGAAACAAGAUGUUUAAAAUUUGUAAGAGUAACUCCAAAGAGUCAGAAAUGAAUUAAAUGGAAAAAGAGUUGAAUGUCAAUAACUAUUAAAACGAAUGAAUGAGGACAAUUAAUCCUUCAGAGAACCAGGAGAAGAGAUCUCUAAUGACUUGGUGUUAUAAUAUAAAGAUAUGAAAUAAUAAGCUCAUUAGAUGAAUGAUUUUUUCAAAAGAAGAGCUAUGGAUCAUUCUUAACAAAGCAUCUUUCUAUAAGAGAUUUCAAAACUAUAACAAGAUAAAUUUAAUGAAAUCAUUAAACUGAGAGAAGAUUAUAAACAAAAAAAAUAAAAGAUGAAGGAAGAAUUAGAGCAAGAAAAAAAAUCCUUGAAGAAUAAUCUUGAACAUUUUAUUAAACAAAAUGAAGAACUAAAAGCUAAAAAUAUGACCUAUUAUGAGAAAUAUGAGCAAGCCCAAAAAAAUCAGUAACAUCUUAAGUAAAUUUAAUAAGAAAAUCAAAAAUUAGCUCAAAGGUUGGAAGAAAAAUCAGAAAAUUUGGAUAUGCAUAUCUAAGUCAUUGAAAAUUUCACUAAAGACAUUGAAAAACUAACUAGUAUAAGGGAAGAUCUUGAAUAAAAGCUUGCAUUCAUGAAUUCAGAAAAAAGUUAAUUAGUAUCAUUUAAAGAGAGCUUUCCAUAUAUACUAAAGGAGGCUUUGAAGUGGGUGUUAAAGUAAAAUUCAAAAAUAAAACAUGCCAUGAAGUCAGUGGGUGAAGAAGAGUAAAAGAUAAUUCGCGAUUGUUUUCAUGAAGUUGGAAUUAAUGUGUGA